AUGACAAACCUGGUCAAAGGUUGUUGCGAGUUUCUUGAAAACAAUCUCAACAUUGACAACUGUUUGCGUUGGUCGAACUUCGCCAAAGAGCUCAGUUUAUCCGAUCUUCAAGAAAAAACCUUGAAAUUUAUCUAUGCAAACUUUGAGGAAGUAACAAAGGGACCUGAGUUCUUAGUUUUGAAUGAAAUUGAACUCAAAGAUUUAUUAUUUUAUAAUAACUCAUAUCGAGACUUGGAGGAACAAGUGUUCCUUAGUUUGGUUGAUUGGAUCGAAUAUGAGAAAGUUGAUCGGAGACAUCUUUUGUUUGACUUACUCUCAAUGGUUCGCUAUCAAUUGCUUACUGCCAAGUUUAUCAUCAAAAAUAGAAAGUUGGUCUGUAAAUCUGCUGAAUAUAAAAUCUUGGAAUUAAUUUGCACAUGGCUUGAGUAUCACUUGUGUCCGGAGUCUCGCACAAAUGAUGACCAAAUAUCCACCUUGGCUUCCCAUCCAAAAAUGGAAGUUAAUUUGCGGAAAAGUGUUCCUAACUUUUCAGUCGUUCAUUUAAAUGAAGAAUAUGAAGCAGAAAUACGAACUUACAAUCAAAUAUUAAAAACUUGGUCGUUGGACAAGCGGUUUACUUCUCCUUUAUCAACGGCAAAAUUCAACUAUUCCUUGAUUACGAUUGAUGAAAAGUUAUACGUUGUUGGCGGGGAGUCAUUUGGUACACAAAAAAGCGUUGAGUGCUUAGAUUUCAAAACAUUCAAGUGGAGUAGUCUUCCCCACAUGCGUGUUGCCCGAUGUGAAAGUCAAUUGGCCAAUUUAAAAGGACAUUUAUGUGUCUUUGGUGGUUAUGAGAAAUCUGACGAAGAAACUUUUAUUAAUUCAGUGGAAAUUUUUAACUUCUCAACAAUGAAAUGGACAGAUUUGCAUCCUCCAAUCAAACCAAACCAAAAAAAUAAGAUCGUUGGUCAUAAUGGGAUAUUGUACAUUUUCGAUUUUCAUUACGGCUGUUUGCAAUGUUAUGAUGUAUCUGCCAAUCAAUGGACUUUGAAGAACCUUCCAAUCGAUGAAAGUGUAGGAGAAUUCCGUAUUGCAGCAGUGGAUAAUUUUUUGUAUGCAAUUAUUGGUGGAGAAUUUAAAAAAGGAGCUCAAUGGGUCUCAUUUCAAAAUCUCACUGCCAAACGCUUUGAUUUAUCCAACGGUACUUGGACUGAGGUGUGCAGUUUAAGAGUAAAAGAUGGUGGUUUUGGGGGAACAGUCACAAUUGUUGGAAGUAAUAUUUUAUUUGUAAGCGGAAAUAAUUAUAUAUCCCUGUUUAGUCUUGAAACUAAGAAAAUCAUUGACAUAGAGACAUCUGUAGAAUAUUACUGCAAUGCCCAUAUUUUUCAAUCAGAAUAA